AGUCCGACAGAUAGGGUUGGUAGAAUAACAUUUGCAUUGAUGCGUGUAUGUGUAUGAUUAUAAAACAAUAAAACAGGGUACACAUCACUGCUGUUCUAGAAAGCUUGUGGAGAGGUCACAAGAUAUUGUUUGUGAAAUCUUGAAUACAAGGGAUCAGAAUGCAACUGUAUCUGUUUUCCGUGAUCUACGUUUUCCUAGCGUAUGCCAAUGGAAACGGCGUAAAAGAAAAACUGCAGAUAAUUCCUCCAAGUAUGCCAAGCUUUAACGAAAUGGCGUCACUAGGGCGGUGGUUUCAGCAGUUUCGAGUGACCGGUUGUCACUAUUCAAGCUCUGACAGGUUUACAUAUUAUGAGCAAAAUCUAGUGAAAUUCGGAAAAGCACUUCAUAGCUUUGACACGUGGAGAAAUGAUAUUUGCAACACUUUAACCACGAGAUAUUUCACUACAGGCCCAGGAGUCUAUACAGUCAAAGAUGCAAUUGGUGCCAUUUGGAGCGGAUUAGCAAUUAUUCCAGCCACUGAUUAUAAGACAUUUAAAAUUUUAUAUGGAUGCACAAAGAUUUCAGCACUGGGCAACAGAUGCGAUGAUCCCCGGCUUCAGGUUUUUACAAGAGCUCCAAAACCAGGAAAAAGAUUGAUGGCACAAAUUGAUUACGUUCUGCGAGGACUUUUUGGAAUAACAAUCUCUGAGUUACCUAGAAUUAGACAACUCGAACCAUGUCCUUCUUUCCGAGAAAAUACUAGAGGAGAUGGUAAAACGAUGGGCUAAUUACCGAGGAAUCUUCGAAAAUAUAUAAAAUAACGGUGUAACUGAUAUGAAAUAAUUAGAUACUAUAUAGCAGUCUAAGGAAUAGAUACAAAAAUAUUCCUGCUUUGAUACUUUAAGCUUGAGUUAGAAUGUUCAAUAUAGCUGACAUUAUAUACAUUUAUCUUGCCUCCUACAUGUUUCUUGCAUUUCUAUUGGUCAAUAGACGUAACGUGGAGACAGGAUAUAUUCCAUAUCCUGCUAGUAUAUUUCAGAUAUGAAUUUUAAUUAAAACAAAAUGGCUGCCACACUGCUGGCGUAAUUGAAUCAAGUCAGAUUAUUUAUUAGCUCCAGCGAUAGUAUCGUUUCCGGGAGUGAAUUUAGUGUUUUCUUGCCGAUAUCAUUCUACUUAAGUUGAGGCUCAUGAAGUUUGACAAAAGUUAGCCGUAAAAGCGGAAUAACUCUGUAUGGGAUACACGGACGUUGAAAUCUUGUUUUAAGUAAAAUCAUCGUAAAAUAAAGGAAUUGACAUAUUUGUUACUCAGCAGUUUGUUGUAGGAUCAUUUAAUCUACGUCCAAGAUAAAUGAUUUGACAGGAAACGGAAUGAAAGCCGAAGUAUCAAGACAUUUGUGACAUCGUGAAAUCUGGUGACUUUCGAAGGGAUGGAACAAGAAUUUUUUUUAGUAUUUCUGGUCUAAACCAGUUCAUAACCUGUGUAAAUGAGCUUUUGUGUUUUGUGAUUAACCAAAACACAGGUCAUUGUGCAUUUUAUGGCUGGUGUAAAUCAACUACAAACAAAACAUGAUGACCAAACAUGAUUGCAGGAUUCCAGUCUGCACUGUAAGUAGCUUUGUUAAUUUACAAAAUGUUUUGAUUAUAGCAUAUAAGUAAUUGUAGUCGGUAAGAUAAAAUCGUUACACAGCUUGUUGGUGACAGGAUAGGGAUAUACGCUGUCUCGAAAAUCCAUAUCAACUCUCGCCUGAUUUGGAUUUUCUCGACAGCGUAUAUCCCGUAUCCUGUCACCAACAAGCAGUGUAACUAAUAGUAUUGACAGUGAAAUAUGAUAUUUGAGAGGUGAAUAAAUGUAAUGUUACUAUUUGCAUCUAUUUUUAUUGGACCGUUUUUUAUGGGUACUGCAAUAUCUGUAGAUAUGCAUCUUAAAAUUAUUUAAAUACAUUUUUGUAACUAACUUAAGUGUUUCGCAACUUGAAUUACAUAUUUCCUGUUUUAUAAAAUUUUCGUCAUUUGUGCAGAGUAUGUCCAUCUUAAUGCAUGCAGGAUGCUAAUUCAUGUCAUUAACAUAUAUUUUUUCAAAAAAAGGUUAAGUUUCCUAACUAAAACAUAUUAGUGACUUGUAAAUAUAAAAAUAUUUUCAAAGUCAAAUCAGUUGUACGGGUGAUAUGUCACUGUAGAAUCUACAAUUUAUCAGACAUAAAUUAAUAUCAUACAAAUUGUUCAUUAGUUAUGCGCUAACGUGAUAUUCUGAUAUUGGGCAAUUUGAAUUCUAUCUAAUUAAUUACAAAUUCACUUGCAGCUAUGUUUUUAUUGAUGAAUCACUUUAUAAAACUUACAUGAUCAUUUCUUAGUUUAAAUAGCGUGCCUUUUUACCAUUGCGGAAAUUGGCGAAUCGCCUGCUACAGUAUAAAGUAAACUGUAAAAAUAAAAUAACAAACAAAAAAUGAAUUCAUUAUGAUACAGGACAACCGUCCCCCGUACUCAUCAACGUUUCAGAUCAUUUUUCAGAAAUUUAGACUUAGACUUGAAAAUGCUGUAUUUUCAUCUUGCCAUGUCAAUGCCUUGGCUGUACUUCGCCAAUAACAUUAAACCGCGUAUGUGAGCUUGAACUCUCUUAAUAUCUCAUCUGAUUACUAAAGAUAAAAGGUAAGGUUUACUUUUUGUUGAAUUGUUAUAAAACUUGCAGUGAUAAUUAUAUUUAAUUAAGUAUAAAGCAACAUUAUCAUGUAAACGAAAUGUUAUAUAUAAUUUCGAAAAACAUAUUUUUCAUGGGCCAUAAUUUUAUUUAAGUAAACUUAUAUUUUUUGGAUAUAAAAUGUACAUAUUUAAAGAUAGAUAAAACUUCGAAAAGGUUAUACUACCAUUACUUUAAAAUGAUGUAUAACUGAAACGUUCAUAAUUAAUUUUAAACGGCUAUACAAAACGUUUUAAACAUACUGAAACAUAAUGUUUGCUGACCUUUUCUGCACAUAAUGACUACAAAUGACUUUAAAUGAGACCCAAAAAGAACUGUUUGAAAAUUGUUUGUGACCAAACGUGAAAUGCUUCGCAUGUGAAAUGCUUUCAUUCAAGUUCCUCUGGAAUAUUACACCAAUCACAAAAUAAUUAAAUCAAUCAUUACGGAUUUAGUUUUAUAGCUAAAAAAACAUAUCCUGACCAGGGUAUUGUAUACUGGAUAUGAAACAACUGCAGAGUAAUUAUAAAUGGCACAAUAUUCGGCUAUUGGAAUGUUAAAUAUUAUAAAUAAUGUAGGAUAUUGUUUCGUCCACCUUUUCCGUAUCAAGGUUUUUCAUUGAUUUCGCUUUAAAGAUAAAACAGUACAAAUUUCAGUUUACAUCUUCCUGUAACUUCUGAAGGUGUGUUUAUGGAAUCUUCUUCAAUUUUCCUUAGUAGUUUUGAAUCUAUUGUCGAAAUACAAUUCUAACUAGGUAGGUUCCUUAUAUGGACACCAACAAUUUGAAAAAAACUAUUCCGAAAAUAUUGUUAAAGAUAGUUUUCCCUGCUUCAUUAACCGAGUCAUCGUAUAAGUACUAAAUGUUGAACAGUUUACACACAUGGACACGCACUUCGUUUUGAAUCAUGCACCAAUUUCUACUAUAUGUAGUAAAGGAAGUAAUAAUAAUACUAUACGUAUCAAAUAUAUUCAUGUGCAUCGACAGUUGUAUUGACAUGUACUUCAGCUGGAAAUAAGGAUUAGUUUAGCUUCAUUUGAAAUAUGGAAUUAUCAGUUGGAAUACAGUCAAACCUGUGAACAAAGACCACUCUUCGGAACAAGCAAAAGUGGUCUUUGUUCACAUGUGGUCUUUAUUCGGGCGGAAGGGUCACUUCUCAGUUAGCCAUUAUCAUGCUAAUAAAAGUAUUUUUACAGCUUCUUGCUUUCUUUAUGUUCUAUGUAUUAAUUCGGCCGGUGCAAACUUGCAAAUUUUCAAUCAGGCAGUAAUCUGUGUUUGCUAUAAUGCGCAAGUCGUGAAAAUUCGGCGGAUUUCAAAUAUUUUUAUGCCGGAACGGUCGAGCUUGGUCGUUAUUGGGGGGCAAAUAUGACCCUUGGGAAUGAAUUAGGCCGGUCGCUGGUCGCGGUCGCCAGUUGGUCGCUAUUCACGGCCUUUUUAUGAGCAUUUUUCUACGGGGAGACAGAGACCGGUCGUUGUCGACAGGUGAUCUCUAUUCCCGGGUGGUCGCUAGCACAAGUUUGACUGUAUUAGUGUUAUUUUAUACAAAUGUCAAAGCACAGUGUAUGUUAGUAGACAAGAAAAAAAAGCCAUCACUAAAUCAUAAUGAAAUGCCCCAUAUCAAAAUGCUCAAUGGUUCUUAACAUUCUGAAAAGAGUUUCAAUUUAGAUUACGCUUUAAAUUCUUGGGCGUUGUGAAAAAUCACUGCAAGAAAAAGGUUCAAACUUACUAAGUUCAACAUUAUUGUGGUGUCCCUAGUUUCUGCUCGUAUGCAUCAUUAGUCAAUGAGGACCUAAACAAGUGAAAUCUUAUUUCAGCAUCAUAAUCUAAUCUUCAUACUUUUCUACAGCUGUUGUUCAUGAAAAUAAGAGAGUAAUGUUUUAAGUUUUCAAAAUACUUGUAUUCUGUCAAUUGAAUUUGGAAAAUCCCAUGUGAUUAAAGAAGUUCAGUUAAACUCACGAAAGUCAAUGAAACACAAAAUUAUAUUUAUAUUUGACAAUUAUUAGAUAAAGAUUAACUUCCAUAAGGUCCAUCGGUUUGCCUGCGUUUCUCUUUACUCGGGCCUGAAAAUCCAAGCAGACCACUUUUGCAUGAGAAAGACGUUUAUGGUUAAUAGUCACCAGCCAUAUUCUUAGUCACCAGCCAUAUUCUAUAAAUCUCAGAUAUGUUAAACUCGCAGUGAAAACACUGGUUUGAGUCCUGGCCCUGGCUAAAAUAAUUUUAUUCUUACGAACAUUUGUACCAAGUUUUCUUUUAAACAUGCGUAUUUACAGUCUGUUAUCUCUUUACUUUUUGAUUUUCGUUCAUUAGUUUAUUCCUAAUGCAAUGUUAUAAAUAAUGUCGUUGUGAGAGAGUUGAGGACUAAUCGAUUCUUUAUUAAAGUUAAGCAUACAUUAUGUUUAGUACCCAUGUAUGUAGUUACCCUAUAUUUAGUACCAAGAUAUUUGAAAUUUAGAAAGAAUAUGCUGUGAAUUAAAAUUCAACAUACUUAAAUUUUUGACAAUAGAGUAUCCAUGAUAGUGCCUUUUUACUACGUAGAACGUACACAAGAAUUUGAAUACCUGCUAACACUGCAAUAGGAACUGUGAAAAGGGAGGAGUUUCUUCUGAAAUAUUAUAAAAUUAGUAAAUUAAUUAUGAUAUUGUUUAACGGUUUUUAAGUAACAAAUUAAAAAUUGAAUGCAGACAAAACUGAAGUAAUUCUUUUUUCGAGUCAAAAACACUCCAAACAUGUUGAAAAUCUAGAACUGAAAGUUGGCGAAUCGAGCAUAAGACCAUCAAAAACUAUUCGAAACCUUGGUGCUACGCUUGAUUCGAACAUGCACAUGGACCAUCAUGUUAAUUCUGUGACUCGAACAUGCUACGGCCAAAUACGACACACUGGUCAUAUUCGACCAUAUUUGACAACUGAAUCCAAAAAACCCUUAUAAACUCGCUUGUAACCUCACGAUUCGACUAUUGCAAUGCUCUUUUGUACGGCGUGCCAAAAUCAACAAAGAGCAAACUGCAAAAUGUCCAAAAACACAGCUGCACGUCUUAUUACGAAAACAACCCACUUUGAACAUAUAACACCAAUCCUUAUAGAUAUUCAUUGUCUUCAAAUACAAGAUAGAAUCAAAUACAAAAUUCUCAUUCAAACAUUCAAGGCCUUGCAUGGACAGUCGCCGGUGUAUAUGAGAGACUUACUGAAGGCUUACGUGCCAACUAGAAAUCUGAGGUCAGCAAGUGCAGCAACAACCAUUGUGCCACAAAAAAGUCGACUGGUAACCUACGGAAAUAGAAGUUUCAGAGUUGCCGCCGCAAAACUAUGGAACUCUCUCCCUGACAAUCGCAGAAAAGAUCCAUCACUUAAUUCAUUCAAAAGAGCUCUCAAAACACACCUUUUCAAAAUUUUCUACAACACAUAGAUACCAACUGUGACUGUUCUACCCAUAAUAAAUAUGCCAUUGUUAUUUUUGUGAUACAGAACUACGGCAAGUCAUUCGUCGCUGACAAAGAUCUCUUAACUGUACAAUUCAUCAUGUAAUUAACUAAAUUGACAAUUCAUCUUUUAUUUCAUCAUGUCACAUUAUAAGGAUUAUGACGUUCUAUGUGUGUGUUUUUUGCAAGACUUGAGUUUCACUUGAAGUGUGUGGUAUUUAUAUCUAAUACAGUAUAUGAUGGCACCAUUAACCGGGCGGUUGAACCUCUAUAUGUAGCCCGUCUUGGCGUACCAGGUGCUUAAAGCACUGGUAUUGACAAUAGGGGUAAAUCGACCUCAAGGGGAGGGGUGCGGUCAUGGCUGUUUGUUACAAUAAGGCUGUAAAUAUUAUUAUUGAUCAUUGAUGAUAUUGUUGUAAUAACUAUUAUUUUUUAUUAUUAUGUACAACGCCAUUGAAUAUAUCAUUUAUAAAAAGGCGUUUAAUCAAAUUGUUCAGUUUCAGUUUUGUGAUUGCAUAUGUCAUGUUUUGUUAUUUUCCUACAUAUCUGCAAUAUGUCACAUGUUUAAUUGUAAAGCGCCUUUGAACGUGUAUUCCAUAUGAAAAGGGCGCUCAACAAAUCUGGUAUAAUA